AUGGCAAGCUUCCACGGGCUCUUCAAUAUGCCACGCUUAGCGCAUCCUCCAAAUGAGAGAGACAACGUGUAUUUGAUGUUGACAAUUGCCGAUGAGAUCAAAACAAAUGCGAAAGAUCCGAAGAUCGCAUUCUCCGCUCAAUCACCAGACCCCUGUACGAUCAUCUUGGAAAAUCGACACGAUAAGGAGGAGAUGCUCUGCCUGAUUUACCCGCCCCUCCCGAAACAUUCACAGGAACGACCGUUUGCCGGCAACAUUUGGCAAACCGUACUAAAUCAGUGGAGAUUGGACAAUCACAAAGGAUGGUGCUUCAAAACACGUUUCGAAUCGUACAAGACUGACGAGUACAAGACGAUAAUCUUGAAGCCAAACGAGAAGCAAAGAAUCGAUCUAUGGGCAGAUGAUCAGAUAGAGGGUGGAGCGUAUUCACUCAAGGUGUACGGUUACGCGAUGGGCAUGCUGCAAGCAGAACACACCCAAAUCAACAUCGCCAAGGCCGGCUCGAAGGUUAACCGCAAGGGUGGAAUGAUCGCAAACACUCUCUCAGAAAUAUUCGCCAAGGAGAUGGCAAAAAUGAUCAAGGAAAAAAGUGCUAAUGGGGUUGUUUUCUCCGACGUGGCGAGAGCUCUCGAUACCGGUGCCACCACGGUUCCAGCAGAUGAAGAUACAAACGAAGUAUUUCUAUGGCUUGAGCAUCUGCUGGAACGUGAACGCAUGGCGAAACCCCCCACUAGCACUUCAUCCUUCAUAUCAUCACCGAUUAUCAAUCAACAAUCAUCAAUCGGAUUUGUCAAUUUUUCGACAGUGUCGCCCUUGGGAGAUUCGCUUGGCAGUGCAUCUGCACAACCUCAGCAGCUAGUUCCGUCGAUCUUGUCAUCAACUGAGCAAUGCAAUGAGCACGAUGACGAGUUCUUGGACCGCGAGGAAGAUGUCGAGCCCGACAAUGUCGUAAUCACGUCUACUUCAAUGCUUCGAUCGCCUUCUCCACAACUUCGAUCGUUGUCUGCUGUCUCUUCGAUUAGCUCUACAUUCGAUGCUGCUGUUUUUGGGAUUGCCGUUCCUCGGAACCCAACCUCAUACUCACCCACGACUGCUUUUUGCAAUUGGAGUGCCGUUGAUCUUUCACAUACUGCUGAUCUUGAGAUUCAUUCUCCUUCUAUGGUACAGAAAACGCCUACCGAAUCGUCAGUUACUGCCAUCACUCGUGCAAAGCGAGAAGUUGACGCUGACUCCAAUGAACAAGGCCCAUCCUACAAGAGAAUUUAUGAUAAAGAUGAUAAUCGUGAUGAAGACGGCGUCCUAAUCAACUUUAUUCAUAUGUCAACAACUCAAGCUCGUGGAGACUCAAAUACAUUGAGUGAUAAAAAGCAAGAUCAUUACAUCAAGAAAAAUGAUGGUUGCUUGAAAUGCCACCAGACCAUGCGGAACAAGGCGUGUCUAAAAUGCGAAGAUGGAUGUUCAAAAUGGUUCCAUACACAAUGUUUCGAUACUACGUUGCAUUAUCGAGCGAAUAAAGCAAAAGCUCGAGGACGUGAUGGAAAACUACUCUGUGCCGCUUGUCGCCAAUGUAAC